AUGCUUGCUUAUGGCUGUGCGGCUGACGCUGUUGACGAAUAUCUCCGACUUGGUGAAAGCACAACACUUUCGUGUUUAAGCAAUUUCACAGAAGGCGUAAUACAGUUAUUUGGAGAUGAGUAUCUACGAAGACCAAAUCCAGAGGAUCUUCAACGACUACUCGAUAUUGGAGAGAUACGCGGCUUUCCUGGGAUGAUAGGAAGCAUCGACUGUACCUUAAACGAUAUUAACGUCUUCGAUCGGUCGCCUGUUUUUGAUGACAUUUUACAAGGUCGAGCUCCAAGAGUACAUUACGUGGUCAACGGACACCAGUAUGAUUUGGCGUACUACCUCACGGACGGCAUAUAUCCAAAAUGGUCAACAUUUAUCCAAUCUAUCUCACUCCCUCAAGUUCCUAAAACCGAGUUAUUUGCUAAAGUUCAAGAAGCAACCCGAAAAGAUGUGGAGCAAAAUGAACGCAAUGGAUACACUCAGUAUGAUACAUCUGAGUUUGAAGAAGGAGACUCGAGUAGAAGUUCAGAGGUGGAUAUGUCAUAUUCUACCGACAUGCCUUCAAAUCUCGGUAAUAUGCUAGGCGUACGGAGUCAUGUUCGUGUAGGCGUAUACAUAAACAAUUGA